AUGGCAAAACCUCGGCAAAGUGCUUAUGACACUGAACUAUUUAUACAAAUAACAGCUGAAAUAACUGGCAGCGGCACUGAUAUUACAGCAGGUACCGUGAAUGCAACUGUAUCCAUGACGGGAACGACCAUCAACAACGUUGAAGCAAAUCAUGAUAUUUUUUCCAUAAUAUCAAAUUGUGUAGUCAUGAUAGGGAAUGACGUAAUGACAUUCUUAGAUACAGAUGGCGACGACGUUGUCAUUGCGGGAAUGGCUGGAAAAUUUCCCAAUUGCCAUAAUGUUGCUGAGUACGAAUAUAAGCUUUACAACAAGAUCGAUAUGAUAGAUGACGAUGAGCGACGUUGGCCGCAUUUUCAUGCGGAGCUUCCUAAACGAUUGGGAAAAAUUUAUGAUAUUGAAAAAUUCGAUGCGACUUUUUUUGGAGUACACUUUAAACAAAGUCAUUCAAUGGAUCCUCAAAUACGAAUGCUGCUCGAAGUUGCUUACGAGGCUAUUAUUGACGCCGGUGUUAAUCCAAAAAGCUUACGUGGUACUAAGACGGGAGUUUACAUCGGUUGCAUCCUGUCGGAAUCGGAAAAGGCAUGGAUCUACGAAAAAGAUACAAGCGACGGUUUUGGCUUAACUGGCUGUAAUCGUGCUAUGGCAGCAAACCGCAUUUCAUAUAGUUUAGGUUUGGAAGGACCGUCAUUUGCAUUGGAUACAGCUUGUUCUAGUUCAUUGUACGCCUUAGAUAACGCUUUUUCCGCAUUUUGUAAUGGUGAAAUAGACGCAGCUAUUAUUGGGGCUUCAAAUUUAUGUUUGCACCCAUAUGUAACAUUGCAAUUUGCUCGACUUGGCGUAUUAGCACCUGAUGGUUAUUGUAGGCCUUUUGACAAAAAUGCUUCUGGUUACACGCGUUCUGAAGCCAUUAGCUGCUUGUUCUUGCAGCGUAAACGUGAUGCUAAGCGCAUCUAUGCUAACGUAGUGUAUUCUAAAACAAAUUGUGAUGGUCAUAAGGCUGAAGGAAUUACUUAUCCUUCCGGAAAAAUGCAAGAAAAACUGCUCCGGGAGUUUUAUCAAGAAGUUGAUGUGCUUCCAGCAAACUUAGGUUUUAUGGAAGCUCACUGUACCGGUACAAAAGUUGGCGAUCCGGAAGAGUGCCGCGCCAUUGACAAUGUCCUUUGUAGUCAGCGUUCUACACCCUUAUUGAUAGGUUCCGUCAAAUCGAAUGCAGGUCAUUCUGAAGCGACAGCUGGCAUCUGCUCGCUGGUUAAAGUUUGCCUUGCAUUUGAAACAGGACAAAUUGCACCUAAUAUUAAUUUUGCGGAGAUGAGAUCAGAAAUUCCUGCUUUAGCCGAAGGACGCUUGAUAGUUGUGCUAAUGCUCAUGCUUUAUUAA